UGCUCGCGCCGUCCCGGGGGGGCGGUAAAUAUUGACGCUUCCAGAGAAUUAGAUCCGAUCUGGCGCGCACCAGUUGGAGAUUAGCGGCUGUCGCUUCUUACAUGUCAUUUCGGUCGUUUGUCAAGAUAAGCUGGCUGGCCGCCGUUAGUCCAGAUAUUGCCGCAACGACUCGUGCGACGACGAUUCGAGCAAUUUUAAACGCGCAAGAAUUUCCGGUGCGAUCGAUUUCAGAUUCGAAAUCCGCUCGCUCGAGCAUCGGUCUUGUUCUUUUAACCCGGUCGAAGAGCUACCGAUCGAAGCCUACCACCGAUUACGUCGUUUCCAAUAGGCCAAGAUACGAGUUCUUUUUCGACGAUCUAUUUAUACCGCGCCUAUCGGCGAGCAAUAGUCGACGAAUUACAUAAUUCCUCGAGAGAAAAGUUGCCCGCGACCUCUAACCGGCGUGCAACAAGCGAGAUCCCUCCGGCCCGUUCGAUCGAUCGCCUAUUAAUAAUCCCGAUCAAAGAUGCUCCGAUAUCGUCGCUUCGAAAUAACUGUCCGUUCGGGCGACGCGCAUACGCGUACACGGCGGCUCGCGGAACCGAACGGAGUCGAUGCCGUAGCUUCGAAAUCCUGGGAAAACGGGCGACACUCGAUAACACACCGGCGACGAGACGCGCCAAUUUGUUUCGGAUUUCGUAAAAAGGUCGACGAGGCGAAACCGAAUCUCCGCGUCGGCUGCGGUUUUGGUUUCGCUUUCGGUUUCGGUUUCGAUUUCGCGCGACACGUGGCGGAUUAUCGAAGCUUAGGGGCGCGGCAACGGGCACGGGUACGGCCCUGAACCGGGUCGGAGCGGCCAGAGCGCAGGUCUUAGGCGACUGCCAAACGACUCCCUUAGCCACUCGUGCCUGGAAUCUCGUUGGUAAUUGGGGCGAACGCUUCUGUGUGCCAGCUGUCUCUCGCGCGCGCUCUUUUCGUUCGAGGAGGAACAAGUUCGUUCGAGCCGUGUGCGGACGAGGAGGAACGAGAGAUUCGUCGUUGCGACCGGUUACGAGGCGAUCGAGACGCGCGCGGAUCCGUCGAUCUUCGCGGCAGACGACAGUGACGCGAGACGGCACAGUGGAAUUCGGAGCAAACGGAGAGACGUCGGGUUUGUCCCGGCCUGGUCGCCAUCUUGGAAUCGUCGCGAGCACGUUGCGGGAUCGAGAACGCGGCAGCCGUUUUUCCGUGCGGAUCGUUCGUCGUGAAAUCGCGCGACCACGGGGAAGCUCGAGCGGGAGGCAUGCCAAGCGGAGCGCCGUCGUUGCCACCGGAGCUAGGACACCUAUAAAGUCGCCGUUGCAUGUCGCAGCAGGCAGUCGUAGCAGCGGGUGCCUGGAGCGCGAACACCUUCGUCGCGGCUGUCAUUCCGUCGGUCGAUCCGCCGCCGAUGCGACCGAGAACGCAGACCCGUGCAAAGUGACUUCCUGUGGGAGCUGGUUUUUUCCUUUUCCGUUUCCUAGUUUACCGGCCGGCCGCGGAACGAUAGGUACGCAACGUGGAACGGGACACGUGAACCCGGAUCGUCAUUAUGAGCAAGAUGCUAGGAACAAACUAUUGCACCGUGUUCUCUGUACUUAGAAGUCCCGAAGAGGGUGAGUCGUUUAAGCGGAUCAUCUGAAAGACGAGCUGGGAGACCCGGCGACUGCUCUAAGCGGGCUGCGAACCACCGCGAGAAGACUAGGAAACCAGGAGGAAAUCCCGGACGGAUUCGGAGCAAUCGUCGGAGAGAUCGUUGUCGCGUCGAGCGCUCGCGGUUUAAACGCCACGGUGCGAUACCGGCUGUGUGAUCGAUCAUCGAGGAGGCCUAGCUCGGGAUCGUGCGAUCCUCUUCGCGCGAGACGGAUAUACCUAUACGAGAACUUGCGAACCCGUGAAAAUCCACGAGAGACUCGAUCGAUUUCCGGAGGGACCCGCGAGGACCGAUACUCGAAUCCGUCGUCGUUCUACCUCGAUUACCGGACGAUAUUCGAAGGUGUUCGUUCGAUCGGUGACCGUCGAGCGCGUUGGAAUCCGGCUCGGUAACUCGGCGCAUCGAAUUAUCGACCGAUCCAGCCGAUAAAUCAGGUGCCGAGAGGAAAAAUCGGUUCCGAUUUGAUUUCGUUACUGCCGAUCGAGAAGUACAUCGGCGCCCAAGAUAUCCUUCUAACCCGUAAUGUAUUUGAGAUCGCGCGACAAGCCAGACAAAGGGAGGCACGAGCACACAAGAGAGGCGGCGGCGGCGGCGGCGGCGGCGGCGACGAGCACCGGUUGCGGGACAGGAGGACGAGGCCAGCUCGGGAUCAAGGGCAGAACGAGGGGAAGCUCGGCGAAGCAGUUGGACUUCGAGGUACACCGGCCGCUCAGUCCGCGUUCGCCGGCCAGAGAUUCGGACACGGUCUGCCAUCGUCGCGGCAUGAGCGCGGGUGAACGAGCCGUGGUCACAUUGCGAAUUGGCUGGCGAAAGCUGACCGAUCCCGGCGACUGACACGAAUCCAAGAAUCCGGGGGCAGGUCCGGAGCGAUAGCAUCAGCUGCCGCUGCUGUCUCGAACCUCAACGUCCUCGUACUCCUGCCGCUCGAUUCUCGUCUCGAGGGACGCGACGACAAGGUCCACGGCUCGCCGCUGCUGGCCGAACCAUCCGAGAGAUCGGUGGAUCAUCUAUGCCGGCCAGAUGCAGCGAAACGCCGCGCUAGGAUCCGCGCCGGACGCAUUCCAGAUGGACCGAACGAUGGCGGAGAACCGGUGUCGGUAGCAGACGGGGUCGUUGCUCGCAACAACGCACCGCCUCGUCGCGCGAGACACCCUUGCCGGGUACAACCUCGAGGUGACCCGGUCCCGGCCCCGGCCCGACGACCCGUUCUUUCCUACCACUGCUAGUGUUCCGGCCGUUCCUCGAACCGCCUUCGAGGACAGUUGACGAACUCUUCUCUCUUGUCCUGGUCGAUUCGAUUAGCUGUCGAUUAGCUUCUCGAACGACUAGCCGGGUCACGGCCCACGGACAAUAAAUUGCUAGUCCGAUAAGGAUAGUGGUAGGAUGUAGUUGUGAGACGACCGGAUCAAUUAGGAACAAGGAUACACCUCGAUAAGGGAUAGUUGCCGCGCUGUCGCGAGCCCGCCGAGCGGCGGAUCCAACCGAUCCGGAGGUUUACCGAUCCAGAGGAUACCGAUUUCCAUGGAGGGUAGAUAGGGAGGGAAAGAGAUUGCGAGAGAGAGAGAGAGAGAGAGAGAGAGGCGGAGAAAGAGAGAAAGAGAGACAGAGUGCGCGUGUUCCCGUUAGCCCUUAGCCGUCAUGCCACCCACGCCGAGCAAGUUGAAUUUGAACUUCGCAAGGAACGCGUACAGCGUGUUCGGAACACGUGGUACCAACAACGCCGCUGACCAGCAGCGGGAACAGAAAACGGAACUUUUGGAGGAUGCCAGAAGUCCCGGCAUCCUCCAGCUUAAAAAUGGCGUCGACUACGUGAACCCCGGCGAAGAAGACCAAAUGGAAAUCUAUGGGUAUAAGAGGAAUAAAGUUUUAACCGCCGUCGUCUGGCUCCUGAUCUUCGUCACCGGGGGUCUCCUCAGGCUGGUCUUCCACUGGGUACCGCAAUGGAUGUUGCAGAGCACUCAUUCCAGAUGCCGACUGGAAGAAGCGGACACCGUUCUGCUCGUCGAGAAGUUCCAAGAAAAACACACCAGCUAUUACGUGAAGAAGCUGAAGACGCUGGUUGCCCAAGACGUAUUGAACAAGCCCUUCGACGGCGAGUCGCUGAUGAACAACGAACCUUGGAUGGAAAACGACGGCAUGAUCACCGUGAAGGAGGUCAAGGAGGAAUAUCAUCCCUCGCUGUCGUUGCACUUGUCGGGAGGGCAGUUCAAAAAGGUUCAGUCCAUCGUUCUCUUCCACUGCAAGAAGCUCACCUACAUCUGGGACCCGGAAAGAGGCGAGUUCCUGAAGCUGCACGGCUUGGACGUCGACGUGUUCACGUCGACGUUGCACCAGAUGCAAGGGCUGAAUUACCACGAACAACACAUGAGACGCUGCGUUUACGGAAGCAACAAGAUCAUGAUCCCGGUGAAGAACAUCAUGACGCUGGUCGGCCUGGAGGUUCUCAAUCCAUUCUAUGUCUUCCAACUGCUCAGCUUCUGUCUCUGGGUGGCCGACAAUUACUACUACUACGCCAUGGCCAUUCUAUCGAUGUCCAGCGUCGGCAUAUUGAUGGCAGCCUUCCAGAAUCGUCGGAACCAACAAAAUCUGAUGUCCACCAUUCAAUCUUCCGACGUGGCGACGGUGAUGAGAGACCGAGCUACCGGCCAAACGGCGACCAUACCCGCGGAACGAUUGGUCCCCGGCGAUAUUUUGGUAAUACCUUCUCACGGAUGCCUGAUGCCUUGCGACGCGGUGCUUCUGACCGGGAACUGCAUCUUGAACGAGUCUAUGCUCACCGGGGAGUCGGUUCCCGUCACCAAGACACCCAUUCCUUCGUCCAACGAUAUCACCUACGACAUCAAGGAACACGCCAGGCACACGCUGUUCUGCGGCACCAAAAUCAUUCAGACGAGAUACUACGGAACGGAGAAGGUGCUGGCGGUGGUGGUGAGGACGGGCUUCGACACGAGCAAGGGCGCGCUGGUCAGGUCGAUCAUGUAUCCUCCGCCCGUGGACUUCAAGUUCGAGCAAGAUUCCUACAAGUUCGUGAUCCUUUUGGCGGGCAUAGCCAGCAUCGGCGUGAUCUACACCAUCGUGACCAAGGUGAUGAGAGGCGUGCAGGGCGAUCACAUCGCUCUGGAGGCUCUGGAUUUGAUCACCGUGGUGGUACCACCCGCCCUACCGGCAGCCAUGACCGUCGGUCGGUUGGUGGCGCAGCGUAGAUUGGAGCACGGCAAGAUCUACUGCACCAGUCCGAGGACCAUCAACGUGUCGGGAUCCAUCGAUUGCAUCUGCUUCGACAAGACCGGCACCCUGACCGAGGACGGGCUCGAUAUGUGGGGCGUGGUACCCGCGGUCGAGAAGAAGUUUCAGUUGCCGGUGAAGGACAUCGCGUCCUUGCCGUUGAACGACCUGCUGAACGGCAUGGUGACGUGCCACGGGAUCACCAUAAUCGACAACCAGCCCGUAGGCGAUCCGCUCGACUUGAAGAUGUUCGAAUCGACCGGCUGGACCCUGGAGGAACCCGACGUGUCCGACACGUCCAAGUUCUCGAUGUUGUUCCCAACGGUGGUUCGACCGCCGAAAGGCUCCAAGCUGCUCAAGAAGCUGCCCAACGAUCCGAGGAUCACGCUCAGCCGACAAAACUCCAUGUCUUCCGACGUGAUGGACAUCUCCCUGAACAACCUCGACGCCACGCUGGUCGACUCCACCACGGAGCUGGGGGAACAGGGCCUGGAGAUCGGUAUCGUCCGACAGUUUCCGUUCACGUCCACUCUUCAACGGAUGAGCGUCAUCAGCAGGACGCUCGGCGCCAACCACUACGACCUCUACUGCAAGGGCAGCCCGGAGAUGAUCCUCAGCCUCUCCAAAGCCGAGUCGAUUCCAGCAGACUUUGGCGCCAUACUGCAAGAUUACACCUCGGAGGGCUACCGCGUGAUCGCGUUAGCCCACAAGUCCUUGAAUCGUCUUCCAUACGCCAAGGUGCAAAGACUGAGUCGCGAGGCAGCCGAGUCCGACUUGACCUUCCUGGCGUUCGUGAUCAUGGAGAACCGACUUAAACCGGAAACGAGCCCCGUGAUCAGCGCUCUGAACGCAGCCUGCAUCAAGACCGUGAUGGUCACCGGCGACAAUAUGCUGACCGCGUUGUCGGUCGCCAGGGACUGCGACAUCGUGAAGCCCGGCGUUCCGGUGAUCGCAGUUUCGGCGACCCAGCAGAGUCAGCAGACCAAGCCGCAGAUCUACUUCACGAACAGCAACAGCCAGCCGACGCCGGUCACGCCGAAGGGCCACGGCAACUUCACCGAUCUGAACAGCGUGGCCAGCUUGGAGACGGUCGAGAGCGGCUUCAACGACGGCAAUUACUUGUCCGACGACUUGCACCGCUCGAAGAACCAGUACGUGUUCUCGCUGACGGGGAAAACGUGGGCGCUGGUGAAGCAAUACUAUCCGGAUUUGAUCCCCAAACUGGUCACCCGAGGCGCGAUCUUUGCGAGGAUGUCGCCGGAUCAGAAGCAGCAACUCGUGCAAGAGCUGCAGUCCUUGGGCUACUAUGUCGCGAUGGUGGGCGACGGAGCGAACGACUGCGGAGCCCUGAAGGCGGCGCACACGGGAAUAUCUCUCUCCGACACGGAGUCUUCGGUGGCCUCGCCGUUUACCAGUCGCGAGACGAACAUCUCCUCCGUGUUGACGGUGAUUCGCGAAGGUCGGGCAGCGUUGGUCACCUCCUUCGGGAUCUUCAAGUACAUGGCCAGCUACUCGCUCACCCAGUUCAUCUCGGUGAUGCUUCUCUACAGCAUCGAGUCGAACCUGACGGACAUCGAGUUCCUGUACAUCGAUCUCUUCAUCAUUUCGAUCUUCGCUUUCUUCUUCGGCCGCACACGGGCGUACGACGGCCCGUUGGUGAAGACGACGCCGUUGAACAGCCUGAUCAGCACCACGCCGAUCCUGAGCCUGGUCACGCAGAUCCUGAUCGUGGCGAUCUUUCAGAGCGGCAGCCUGUGGCAUCUGCAACAGAUGGAGUGGUUCGAGCCGUUCAACGCGACGGCCAAGUCCUUGGAGAACAAGGACGACGUGGCCUGCACGGAGAACUACACUCUGUUCAUCAUCAGCUCGAUGCAGUACAUCAUUCUGGCGGUGGCGUUCUCGAAGGGGCAUCCGUACAGGAAGUCGGUGUUCACGAAUUACGGUUUGCUGACCGCCUUCAUCUUUCUCAGCCUGUUCUCCGUCUAUCUGGCGACCUUCCCGUUCGACUGGCUGGCCAACUGGUUCGAGCUCGAGCUUCCGGAGAGCAUGGGCUUCCGGUUCGCUCUGAUCGGCUACGGCGCCGCCAAUUUCGUCGUCUCCCUGCUGACCGAGUACUUCUUCGUCGACUAUUUGGUGUUCAACAAGCUGCGCUACCGCUGGCACAACGUCGACAAGUCCCGCAGGAAGUUCCUCGCGAUCGAGCGGGACAUGUCGCGCGACCUGAAAUGGCCGCCGAUCUCGCAGGAGCCGUUGCCGGAAGCCACGCCGGACAUCCUGAUCCGGCAGAACGUCACCGAGAUCAAGAUCGAGAAACGGGUCGCCGAGCCUCGCUCCGUCGACACGAGCUUCAUGAACAGCCCGGUCGGCGGGAACUUCAAGCAGUUCGGCUCCGCCAGGGAGGUGACCUUGAACCCGAGGUCGUUGUUCAACGACCGUAACACCGUGUCGAUGCAGACGGUGCCCUGCUUCGAGGAGAAAGAGGUGAAACAGCCGUGCGAGAAACCGGCCGGGAAAAGGAGACACAACUCCGAGUGCGAGAACUCGAUGACCCGGUACGAGAAGCCCCUGAAGACCUACAGCACAAACCCGAUAGCGACCCUGCCGAGAAACUCCGCCGCGGUGCUGCAGCCGCAGAAGCUGCGCGACUUCAAAAACGUUCUAGUGCACAAAAGCGAGGACAUGCUGUCUCCCAACACGCAGAGCGUCCUCGAGCUCGACAUCCUACCGUCGUAGCGACGCCGUCGUCUCCGAAGAAAAAUUGCCGGAUCGUCGACCGUACGCUGGGACACCGCGAAGGAUCUCCCAUAAUCACUGCAUUUCACGUCCCAUGACAAUCGCGGGCCAUGGUCGAACCGUCCGUGCGUCGAACUCGCGGGACCUGGGCAAGCUCGUUCGAAGCCGGCUACGCUUCGUAUACGCCUGCAUCUAGAUUUUAUAAUUUUACUCUUUGUACUUAGGGCACCCCCGUAGAGACGCUUUCCCUCUGCCCCCCACCCCACCCCACCCCCUUAACCCGACGGUCUGGACUCCGACGUGCCACGACCAUUUUUCAAUUUCGAACGGAGGUCGACGCGAAUUUUACGAUUACCUGGAAUUCCAACGAUCGAAGCGCGAAAUCGGGAAUCUGGAACCGGUCGUCGUCCGGUUCGUUCUCCGACGCGAUCCAUCGAAAUCGUUCCACGUCCAGCCAGGCAGCUGGAGAUCGGUAUCCGUCUCGAUCGAAGAAACAAUGUUGUAGAUAGCCAAGACUCGCCGUUGUAUCAUAGAAUUGUAAAUUUGUGUACGAAACAUCGUUCUCGAACAAUGCCAGCUGGCCGAUCACCAGAUUCGUUCGAGGACCGUUCUUUCAUCGUUUCGACUUGAUUUAGAGUCGCCCAGGUCCGUCUCUCGCGGCUCGACCAUUCAAAAAUUCGGGGGCCGAGUUCAGCGAUCGAAGAGGAUUAUUCGAGACGGCGACUCGGAAAGCUCGAUAUUCACGGAAGUGUUCAGAAACGAGGAACGAUGGGACGACAGCAUCCCCGGCAGGAUCUUCGACAUCGUUCGUCGCACGGUGCAUUUAGCUCGCGACAGCUCGAUGGCCGACUCGAAGUGCACGAAGACGAAAGAGACGCGAACGUCCGCCGUGCUCGAUCCGCGUGGGUCCCUUUUGACCCGAUCUCUCUUCUCGUCCUCCUUCUCCCCCUACUCCUCUUUUUGCUAGUAUUUCGAGCGGUGUGCGCCACCCUCUCGAGAAAGUAUUAUCGUCGGUGUUUAUUUAUUUUAGAUGAUGAAAUUUUAAACUCGGACUGCGGCGCCGGCUGGAUCUUCGCGGCGAAGACUGGAAUCACCGCAGGCCGACCGAAGUAGAUGGAUAGAUAGAUAGAUAGAUGGAUAGAUAGUUAGGUAGAUAGUUAGUUAGUUAGAUAGAUAGGUAGAUAGUUAGUUCUCCCGAUAUAUUAUGUACAUAUACGUCGGAAACAUGUGAUUUAUUUCGCCGUCGUAGCGACGGACGCCGUAGUACGUCGAGAGCCCCAAGGACAGCUACGAAGACGACGGAGUCGGCUCUUCGGGACGUCCGAAACGAUCGGAUUCAACCGAGCGAUACCAAUCCGGGAAGACGCGAGCAUAGAAACGCGAAACCGCAACGAAAGACGAUGGAAUAAUUUUUUUAUCACGGAAGACUGGAACAUUGCGACGAAAUCCGGGAAACACUCGGGAAAUCCUCGGCUGGUUACUUAUCUUUUUGCAAGAAUGCCGCGAAACGGCAACGAACGCGGCAAACGCUUUUAACGCUCCCGACAAUGGGUGCAGAGCCCGCAAGGUGCCAGAAAACUGAAGUUGCGAGCCUCGAUACGCUCCCACCGUUGCUCGGUCGAUCUCGCACGAUGCCGGAUGUCCUCCGACGUAGAAUUCGCUUCUUCGUAGCAGCCCUGGGCCAGCCUGCACGUUCCGCUUCUAACCUGGCCCUCGCGUCUUCGCUUCCGGGUACUUAAUUAAGCUAACCAGAAUCCGCGCGAUCGAAUUUGUUCACUCUUUCCUCGUUUUCUUCUUUCUUUUUUUUUUUUUAAUAGACGGACGCGCGUCCGGAUGGAUUUGUUUUCAACUAGAGAAGUUCGUAGGUAAUCGAUCGGCGACGCGUUUCCCCGAGUUCUCGCGGCGAGCAACCCCGUCGGAACGAUUCCGCUCGUCGCGGGGGUGGAAACGUGGGUUAUUUUCACGGGUGCGAUCACGGUGACGUGUAACCGAGCUCUAGUUUAUCCGAACCUAUCAUACUUAAACGCGGAAUGCCAUUCCUGCGAUGCCGCGGAAAGAUCUCUCGAACCUCGUCCCCGCGCGAUUGCUAUCGUUCGAGCGGACGACGAGGAUAAGUGUGUACUUUUAUUUACGCAAUGGAAAUAAAUACUUAAGCGCGUUGUUCCACUACCUGCGACGCUAUGCUUACGUUGAGAUGUAGCGGUUGUCGAAUAACAAAGUAUGUAUUUCAUGUAA